UGCUCGGUUGGAUAGCUGAGAGAAAAAGCCGAGGCAACAGUCCGGGGUCCACCGCGCUCGUAUCUGGUCUGUGUCCAACUGCUUUUUUUCCUAAAUGGCAACGACGGCAGAGGACCAGCGGGAACCGGCGGACGCCGCUGCACUGUCGACACACCACGGCUGCCACCACCACAACAGCAACAACAAUAACAACAACAAUAAUAACAACAAAGACAGCGAGGCGGGAGAGAGCGCGACCUCUGCCACCGCCAGCUCGACAGAAUCCGGCGGGACGGCGUCGCAGAGCAUCAGUAACGGCUCGGUUAUCAACCCUAACGGGGGGAACAACGGGAAGUGGGUUCGCCUCAACGUUGGCGGCACGGUGUUCCUCACGACGCGGCAGACGCUCCUCAAGGAGCAAACUUCGUUCCUGUACCGGCUGUGCCAGCAGCAGGACCUGCAUUCGGACACGGAUGAGACUGGAGCUUAUGUAAUUGAUAGGGAUCCUACCUACUUUGGCCCCAUCCUCAACUACUUGCGGCAUGGCAAACUGGUCUACAACAAGGAGCUCGCUGAAGAAGGUGUCCUGGAGGAGGCCGAAUUUUACAACAUCACCCCGCUCAUCAAACUGAUUAAAGAGAGGAUCGUAGAGAGAGACUCCAAAGCCACACAGCAGGUGCCCCCCAAGCAUGUCUACCGAGUUUUGCAGUGCCAGGAGGAGGAGCUGACUCAGAUGGUCUCCACGAUGUCGGACGGCUGGAAGUUUGAGCAGGUCAGCGUGCGCACCUGCAGAAAGCCCCGCACCGGACUGCUCUGGACUAUGGUGAACAUCGGCUCGUCGUACAGCUAUGGAACAGAGGAUCAGGCUGAAUUCCUGUGCGUCGUAUCAAAGGAGCUCCACACGGCCGGAUCUGGGCUGGGAACAGAGCAGAGUCACAAAACCAAGCCCACAGAGAUGCAGGAGGAGGAAGCGGCGAAGGAGGAGGAGGAGGAAGAGGGGGGGAGAGAUACCACACCAAAUGAGUGGCUUAGAGAAUGAGGGAGUCAUGUUUCUUUGUUCCAAAGAGAUGCCUGACUGGCUUUUUCAAAUCCACGGGUCCCGGAUGUAGAAAUCACGAGAAUUUAUUUUUCCUAUGCUUGUCAUGUUCUGUACAUGGCAUUUGUGUGUUUUUGUCCGUGGACAGUCAGCGCAAUACGUAGCAUUGUUGCCACUUCAUUGACAAAAUGCUGGUUAGUUUUAGCAAACAUCCAAAAAUGUCUAAUAUCACUGUUAACGCAAUGGAGCAAUACCAUCUUAAAAAAAGAAAAAAGUGAAAUCACCUUAAUUUACAGACAUGCUCAUGUGUUGUGUCUGUGCAGAUGUUAUAUUGCCAAGGGCAGUAGUGCAGCUUAGUAAAUCAUGACCAAAGAGCCAUAUUAGAUCUGGCUGAACCAAGGUGCUGAUUCUUAAUAUGACAGGAGAGAAUUGGCCUCGUCUUGGUUAACCUGGGAGGAGCUGUCCCAUCUGUGCUGCACAGGAUUUGCAUCAUUUUAUUUCCCAAUGAAGCAGCUAUCCCGGUGAUUUAUGCAAUUGUUGCCCAGUCUUUGACCAUCGACUCUGCUGAAGUCCUGACAGUAUUUCAUAGUUUGGUACGAGGUUUUCUCAUGACAAAAAAAAUCACCUUGGUUGUGAAGAAAACCUGCCAGCAGCUGCUGGACCACACAGAGCAAAAGUGUGUUAAAUCACCCAUAUCAGCCUUAUUUAAAGAUGACUUCAAGCGUACUCAAGUAAUUAAAUCUUCACGAGCUCAACUCAAAGUCCACUAAUUUGUUGCUCUCAGUCAUUCAGGAGGGUGUGUGUUUGUGUGUUAGCAUAGCCACUUCUUGGUUUGGACUGUGUAACUGAAGUAGGUCAAAAAUGUGCUUGUGGGGACAAUUUUACACGCUGCACUGGUGAAAACACAAACUGCUCUACAUUGUUGCCCACAGACACACACAUGCGCGCGUAUAUACAUAUAUCCCUUGUUUGUGCUGAUGCAUACCUGCAUCACCUUGCACAACAGCAGUGUUGCUUCGGUCUGUUGCCAUGGCUGGGAUCCAGUUCCUGCUUUGGCCUCAACAGACUUGGAGACGUUGGUGUAGUCAGGAAAGGCUUAAAAAGCAGGCAUGGAGGAGGAAGGGGGCAAGGAGGAGUCUGGUGUACCACAGCUUUGUAAUAUUAGUGAUCAUAUCCUGUUUUUAGUUCCAAUAAAGGCCCCACAGCAAGCAGAUCUGCUGCAGUGCAGGUGUAUGACUGAAAAUAAAAUGUCAAAGAAA